UUCCCCUAAGUGACUGUGUCACAAUGCUUAAUGCUUCCCCUAAGCGACAGUGUCACAGUGCUUAAUACUUCUCCCAAGUGACAGUGUCACAGUGCUGUUGGCGGCAUGGCUUGUCUGAGGCGCGGAUCCAAUCCAUUCCAGCACUCGCAGCAUGGGGGAAUGAGGAGGGGCACUCGGAGCAGGGUGUUUUUGAGAAUUCUCAAAAACACCCUGCAAAAUCAAGGACUUCGUUAUCCUCGGUUUGUUACAGCUUGGAAGCUACCUAGGAAAAUUUGUAAUACAUUAGUACGAGCUAAAAUAGUGUAGAAGGGAAACUGUGACCAGUUGGUUGCCUCCCAAUAAUGGGGACGAACCUUCUGGAAUGUCCCUCUCUGCAUGUUUACUUGCUGAAUUUGACAGCUAGAACUGGUAGCUGGCAAAGCGCUCCACUGGAGCCGCGAUGUUGAGAUUGUGAUGGCUCAAUUUCUUAGAGCCUACACAAGCAAGGAAGGGAGUAGAAAUAGAUCGUAGUCAGUAUGUUUGACUCCUAGUGCGCUGAUGAAGGCCUAUUGUUGGCCGAAACGCGUUCGCACGCGACAUCCGGGCCUAUUGUGUCUGGCGUUCUGACUUGAGAAAUCUUUCUCUUACCUUUCUCGCUGUUAGAUCUUAGAUCUUAGUUCUAGUCUUAGAUCUACUCUUAGGAGGCUUGCUGCGGAUCGAAUCCUAUGUUUUCCCAUCUGUUGGAGUAUGCCGGGGAUGUGGAGUACUCGGCAGGGCACACAAACUGAAAGCGCCUCACUUCACACUCGCUCUCUCCCUCCCCCACUCCCCAUCCCUCCUCCCAGCCCCCUGGUUCACCGUGCUGGUGGCGGCAUGGCCUGUUUGCGGGCUGGUCAUAGCAGCGUGGCUGCUCUACUCCAAGCACUCGGAGUAUGCAGCGCGGAGGGAGGAAGCGCUGGAAGUGUGGUGCAAGGAGCGCGCGCUCAUGCUGCAGCAGCUGGUGCUCACCCAUGCGGGGCAGACUCAGACACUCGCUGGCAUCAUUUCAGUGAAGGGCAAGCCGGGCCAGAAGGGCAAGUGGGAGCUGGACGCAUGCUUAAACGGCAGCAUGUGGCGGCAGUACCUCACUCUCACGGCGUAUGCGCGGCCGGGAAACACUGGGGCAGUCUCGUGUGUGUUUGUGAAAGACGAAGAGAGGUCCCACAAUCCGUCCCACAAGCCUACAUGGGCGGAAACAGUCCUAAAACGGUCCACUCGCGGUCCAAAGGCCAUCCCCAAACGCGGUCAGUCUACCUCCCGCCCAAAAACCGCCCACACACUGUCUACAGCUGAGACUGCAUUUGGACUGGCCCCGGAUCUUGAUUGAAGGCCAGGCCAACCGGAUAUCCUCAACAUGAAACAAACUACACGAACACAUAAAUGCAAGGCAACAUAAAACUCUUUGACAAACGAGGUUGCAGAAGCUACUGUCAAACAGCAGUACACCGCCCUACUAAAUACUUUAACACCAUCUGAAAGCAGUUUAGGGAAUUUCAUGCUCAAAACAGAAACUUGUUCACAAGGUAGACACUCUCGCAUGGAGUAGAAGCAGCAGCAGCCGACGCUGUGACGCGUGCGUGCCUCACUGGCCUGCGCAUCCUGGUGGUGGAUGUCACACCCGUCAACCUCAUGGUGGCCCGCUGCACCCUCACCCGCUGGGGUGCGGUUGUAGCAACGUCGAAGAGCAGGGAGGAAGCUGUUGAGAUGGUUACUGCAGGCUUGGAGGAG